GUCGCCCCGGUUACCGACGGGGGGAGGGGUGGGGUUUUAGAGGAAGCGGAAGUGUCAGAGCAGGCGGAAGUGGUACUGCCCUGAAUACCCUGAGCAGCGAGCGGAGGACGGCUUCAUAAAACUCCCAUCGUUCAGAGAAUAAAAUCGGGAUUCCUUGUACGCUCAAAAUCCUAAAAAAUGGAUAAGAACGACCUGGUGCAGAAAGCCAAGCUGGCCGAGCAGGCCGAGCGCUACGACGACAUGGCGGCCGCCAUGAAGGCCGUGACGGAGCAGGGCCUGGAGCUCAGCAACGAGGAGCGCAACCUGCUCUCCGUCGCCUACAAGAACGUGGUGGGGGCUCGCCGCUCAUCCUGGCGCGUCAUCUCCAGCAUCGAGCAGAAGACGGAGGGGAACGAGAAGAAGCAGCAGAUGGCCCGAGAGUACCGUAUGAAGAUCGAGACUGAACUCCAAGAAAUCUGCCAGGACGUGCUGAAUCUGCUCGACCAAUUCCUCAUCGCCAACGCGACUCAGGCGGAGAGCAAGGUGUUCUACCUCAAAAUGAAAGGAGACUACUUCAGAUACCUGUCGGAGGUGGCCUCCGGGGACUCAAAGAAGGACACGGUGGAGAACUCUCAGCAGGCCUACCAGAAAGCCUUCGACAUCAGCAAGAAGGACAUGCAGCCGACGCACCCCAUCCGGCUCGGCCUGGCCCUCAACUUCUCCGUCUUCUUCUACGAAAUCCUCAACUCGCCCGAGCAGGCCUGCACUCUGGCCAAGCAGGCGUUUGACGAGGCGAUCGCCGAGCUCGACACCUUGAACGAGGACUCGUACAAAGACAGCACGCUGAUCAUGCAGCUAUUAAGGGACAACCUCACUCUGUGGACAUCAGAAAACCAGGGCGACGAGGGAGAGACCGGCGACGGGGACAACUAGAGCGCACUUCACUGUUAACCUCAUGACCCCACUCUCCUCCUUUUGGUCUCUCUUCCUCUCUCAUCCUCCUCUUCCUCCUCCUCUUCGUACACAUAACCCCCCCCCCCCCCCUCCCCUCCUUCAGACCUCCCCCACUUCCCUUCUGUGUAACCAACAGCAUGAAUAGUACCCGACCUUUCACAGACAGAUAAUAAAUAAAAAAGAACGAAACGGAGGGGAGGGGGGUGAGAAAAGAGAAACGACUCCAUCACCCUGCAAUCCCUCCUCCUCCUCCUCCUCCUCCUCCUCCUCUUCCUCUUCCUCCUCCUCCUCCCACUGAUCAUGGCACUCCAAGGCUCUCCAGCAGACUAAACCCGCUGGUCCGUCUCGUCUUCUAGCACGCAGGGAGGGUUUUAUCCAGAAUAAAAGAAGAAUAAAUGUCUUUUUAAAAGCCCACACUCCCCUGUUUUUUAAUCUCCUCCAUUCCUUCCCUCUCUCCUCUCUCCUUAACGCCUCCCCUCUAUUGAGUUAACGCACUUAUAUAGUUGUCCACCAUCUCUCUCCUCCUCCUCCUCCUCUUCCUCCUCGCUCUAGUGAGUUAACGCUUAGUUGUCCAUCCCUUUUCUCUUUUGGCUUUUUCUUAGUGUACUGGCAGAUGGCUGGUUUUAUUCCACUUUAAAAGAAACAACAACAACAAAAAGGUUAUUAAACUGUCCGUUUAUUUUCAACAAA